AUGAAAGUUUUCGGAUUUUUAGCCGCUUUCGCCACCGCUCAAGAUUUUAGCGUGCUUUCUAGCGCUGCUGAGGACUUGGACAAGAUCAUCACUUCCACCACCGGCAAUGUCAAAGAGAUCAUCUCAAAAUUCGCAGACUUUGAUUUCCAGCGACCAGUAGAGUGCGACAGUGAGAAAAUGUCUGUAGAAGAGGGUGUUGCCUGUGUUCAAAAAGGAUUCAGCCAGAUCUUCGAGUUUGGAACUGAGACAAUCGCUGCUACCGCCGAGAAAUUCGUUGAGGACGGAACCUUUGACCGAAUCGUUGAGCGCGCCGAUCAGAUGAAGCAAAAUCUCCGAGAUGCCGGAUUCAACAUCUACGAAUACGACCCAGAGAAGCCAUACGUUUACACACCACCAGAGGACCUUAAGAAGUACGAUUUCAGCGGAGAUGAAGUGAAAGAAACGAUGGACAAUGUCAACAAAAUCAUCAAAGAAGCUACUGCUUCCUUUGGAAACAAAGAUGAACUGUAA